UUUUGUCACAGUUACAAUUUACCAAUUGUAAGAUACGGACGCACAGCUCCUCCACUCGUACGCGGAGUAAAAAAAAAAAAACAGUGAAAAGCUCGCUCCGCUCCGCUCAGCUCAGCUCGAUUCGGCUCGCUCUCCACGGGGACCAGCGGCUAACGGUUCUUCAGGAGCUGGUCUGCUUCUAACACUCGCACACUCGCACACCGCAGCGUCGGCCCGUCUCGUAUAAAAUCUGUUGCAUCAUUUGCGGCACUUCAGUCGUUCGAACGCGUGCGGCCGGAGAAGUGCAGUGCAAACAACAACAACAACUAACUGGCAACAAAAAAAUAUAUAAAAAAAAAACAUAAUCGUAUCGAAAUCGGGAAAGCACACAACGGCACCAACAAUGCAAUCUGCACGGCUUAAGAUGACAAAGUUUCGGAAUUUGUGAAAUUAAAAAAAAAAACAGGAAAGAAAAACAAACUACGAGCAUCAGAGAAACAUUUCCAAAGACCAACUUACCUCAGUGCAAUGCUAUAGGCAUUAAAAAAAAACAAAAACAAUAAUCAAGAAUCAAAACUCCAAAAUUCCAAACGAACUCUGAAAACAAAGAAAAACCUCCAAGAUUAACUCGCAAAAAGGCAUCAAGAUUUUACCCUCGUUCGCGCAAUUAAAAAUGCUGAACAUGGAGUCGCCGCAGAUGUACGCCGAUGCCGUCCAGACAUUGGCCCAGCUGGACCUCAAGAAGGAGCAGGCGCCGCUGCAGCAGGCUACCAUCGGCCAGAUCACCCUCACGGCGAUGUCCACUGCCGCCCAGCAGCAACAGCAGCAGCAGCAGCAACAGCAGCAGCAACCUCAGACCACGGACGCCAACAACAACACGUCGCAGGAUGCAGCUCUCCUGGUGAAGCAGCAUGCCAUGCAUCAAAUGCAACAGGCUGCUGCCCUGGGUAAUGGAAACAACAACAACAACGGCAACAACAACGGGAACAACAGCGUGAACAACCUGCUGCAGAAGCAGAUGCUGCAACAGUACUCCACCCAGACGGAUCUCGACGAGCUGACCACACAGGAGAUAACCCUGGACCUGCAGCACCUCAUCGACGACCAGUUCCGGGACACAGAGACUCUGGGAAUAUUCAGCGACAUGGUCACCAGUCCGGGUGGACUCUCGGCCACCUUGCCACCCAGUGGAAUGGUCAGUGCGGCGGCCAAGGUCCUGCAACAGCAGACCCUGCGGAGUCAGCACGGCUACGGCGGCAGGGGCGGGGGCGGAGCACUGGCCUACAUGCCACAGCCCGUGCACGCCACCUACAACAACUCCAGCGACGAGAACAGCUCGGUGGGCUCCGACUCCAGCACAAUCAAGGAGGAGCCCAUCGAUCCGGAGUACAGGCGACACCUGCAGGAGGCGGCCAACCAGCAGGCGGCCUUCAUGGGCAACGGAGGAGGCCUCUACAACGGCUACUCCACGGCGGGCAACGGUCUGGCCGGUAACGGGAACCCACUGAACGGCAACACCACGCCGAGCAGCAACGGGAGCAACGGCAGCAAUGGCAGCAGCAACGGCAGCCAGUUCACCAAUCUGACCACUGCCAAUGUCCUGGCGCACCACAACCUGCCUCACCUGGCGGCGGCGGCGGGGGCCCAGCACCUGCUGAAGCAGCACAGCAAGCUGCAGCAGCACGCAGCGGCCCAGCAGCACCAGCAACACCAGCAGCAGCAGCACCGCAAACACAGCAACAAGCACGUGGACAAGGGCACCGAGGAGUACCGCAGGCGGCGCGAACGGAACAACAUCGCGGUGAGGAAGAGCCGCGAGAAGGCAAAGGUGCGCUCCCGGGAGGUGGAGGAGCGCGUGAAGAGCCUGCUGAAGGAGAAGGACGCCCUGAUCCGGCAGCUCAGCGAGAUGACCAACGAGCUGCAGCUCCACAAACAGAUCUACAUGCAACUGAUGAACCACGCCAAUCCUGAAGUGAGUCGCGUGUGCCGCAGCUUCCUCAACACCAACGAGCAUGCGCUGUAGCUGUAGAUACUAGCUGCAUGGAUAGUAUCUGACGGAUAUCUGGGAGACUAGAAGACGAGAGUGUGUGACUGCCUCUGUGUGCGUGUGAAUGGGCGAGUGUGUGGAUUGUAUGGAUACUGUGUGCUUGGGAAGAGACUCUUCUGUUAAAUCAAAGAUUCAAAAUGCUGUGUGGGUAGCUCGUAAGAUACAUUUUCCUUCUUGUUCAACGCUAUUCAUCGUCUUCUACAUCUUCUAAUCCUACACGGCCCCCUCUUGGGCAUUCCUUUGUACAUUUUCUUCGACUUCCCCUUGUUAUCGCAUUGUAGAGCAUUGUAUUUUUGUACUUAAUUUUUAACGACUGUAACAUAUAUAUCGCACAUUUUUUAUACAUUUAAUCUUAAUCGUACACCUUAUCAUAAAGUUAAGCCAAAGAAAAAUGUUGAAAAUAUUUAUGUAAAAAAAAUACAAGCAGGAACGCAAUCAUACAAAAAAAUGGAAGGUUAUUUAUACAAAAAAAAAAAAACAGAAACAAAUCAAAUAUAAUAAUAAUAUUAAUAGUGUAUGUAAAUGAAAUUUGUACAUUUCUUGAAUGGUGUAUCGCUUGCGCUAUGCUUUGUAUCGGCCAGCCCCCUGCUUUAAGAACACACCAACAUUAGCAAAUCUUAGUCGUUAAGGCGAUCCCCCCCAGGAACAUGAAGUAACCGCUUUACCUGCACCCCUCCCUCAAUGGAACCAACCCCGUACCGUGUAACCCAAGAUAACCCAUCGUCGUCUUUGGGGUACCUGCUUUUGAGAGAGCGUAGAAGAUAUGAAUGCUAUUAAUUGUAAGGCCAACGCAAUGUUCUCAUUUUAAUUUAUAUAAUCGUAAAUUAAAUAUACACACACAAACUACAAAGAAAACCUGUAAAGCAAAUCUAAAUAAAUUAAAUAAAAUUUACAGCAUACCAAGAAA